CGCUUUCCUCCCCCCGCCCCUUCCUUUCUCCUCCUCCUCCUCCAGAAGGUUCGGCGCCGGCUUCCCCCUCGCCUCGCCGCCAAGAUGAUGGGCCAGCGCCCCGUCCUCGUGCUCAGUCAGAACACAAAGCGUGAGUCUGGAAGAAAAGUCCAGACUGGAAACAUUAAUGCUGCUAAGACCAUCGCUGAUAUUAUUAGAACAUGCUUAGGACCAAGAGCCAUGAUGAAGAUGCUGCUGGACCCCAUGGGGGGGAUCGUCAUGACCAACGAUGGCAACGCUAUUCUUCGAGAAAUUCAGGUCCAGCAUCCGGCUGCCAAGUCCAUGAUUGAAAUCAGCCGCACUCAAGACGAAGAGGUGGGCGAUGGGACCACGUCUGUGAUUAUUCUUGCUGGAGAGAUGCUGUCCGUUGCUGAGCAUUUCCUUGAGCAGCAAAUGCAUCCGACGGUGAUCAUCGGUGCAUACAGGAAGGCUCUGGAUGACAUGAUUGGCGCUCUGAAAAGGAUCAGUGCUCCAGUCGACGUUAACAACCGCGAAGCCAUGCUUAAAAUAAUCAAUAGCGCCAUUGGCACCAAGGCUAUAAACCGUUGGUCCAAUCUGGCCUGCGGCAUUGCCCUCGAUGCGGUCAAGACGGUGGAGUUUGAGGAAAAUGGCCGGAAAGAAAUUGACAUCAAGAAAUAUGCCAAAGUAGAAAAGAUUCCUGGUGGCUUUAUUGAGGACUCGUGUGUCCUGCGUGGCGUCAUGAUCAAUAAAGAUAUUACUCACCCUCGGAUGCGUCGCACCAUCAAGAACCCCCGCAUCAUCCUGCUGGACUGCUCGCUGGAGUACAAGAAAGGCGAGAGUCAGACUGAGAUUGAAAUAACUCGUGAGGAGGAUUUUGCUCGCAUUCUUCAGAUGGAGGAGGAGGUCAUUCAGCAGAUGUGUGAGCACUUGAUCAGAGUCAAGCCAGAUCUCAUCAUCACAGAGAAGGGAAUCUCAGACCUGGCCCAACAUUUCCUGAUGAGAGCAAACAUCACUGCUAUCCGCCGGGUGAGAAAAACUGACAACAACCGGAUUGCAAGGGCGUGCGGGGCUCGUAUUGUCAGCCGCCCAGACGAGCUGCGCGAAGAGGAUGUUGGGACUGGCGCAGGGCUUUUUGAAGUGAAGAAAAUUGGGGACGAAUAUUUCACCUUCAUUGCUGACUGCAAGGAGCCCAAGGCCUGCACCAUCAUGCUGCGGGGCGCCAGCAAAGAGAUUCUAGCGGAGGUGGAGCGCAACCUCCACGAUGCCAUGCAGGUCUGCCGCAACGUCUUGAUUGACCCUCAGCUGGUGCCAGGAGGCGGAGCUUCUGAGAUGGCCGUUGCUCACGCCUUAACGGAACGGUCCAAGGUCAUGACCGGGGUGGAGCAGUGGCCCUACCGGGCCGUUGCCCAAGCUCUAGAAGUCAUUCCCAGGACACUCGUUCAGAACUGCGGGGCCAGCACCAUCCGUGCGCUGACUUCGCUGCGGGCGAAACACACCCAGGAAGGCAGCCAGACCUGGGGGGUCAAUGGGGAGACUGGAGCCUUGGUCGACAUGAAGGAGCUGGGAAUAUGGGAGCCUUUGUCUGUCAAAUUGCAGACCUACAAAACCGCCGUAGAGACCGCCGUCCUCCUGCUGCGUAUCGACGACAUUGUUUCAGGCCAUAAGAAGAAAGGAGAUGAGCAAAGCAAGCAGCCUGGUGCCCCAGAUGCAGCCCAAGAGUAACGUUCUGGGUUUGCGAAAACCGUGCCCCUUGGAUUGCUGGAGAUGGGAACCAUCGGAACGAAACUCCGACUGCUGCUUUUCUUCUCUGCCCUGGGUUCCGGUGUGGCCAGAGUCGAAAUACUGAUUUAUUUGAAGUCGGCAGAGGAGAGGUUGAAGAAAGGGCCGACAGUGCGUCAGCUCCCCGUUCUGUUAAGGAGACACCGACGCUUUAUUUAAGUGUAUACUGUAGCUUCUUCGUGGCUUUAUUAAUAAAAAACGUCACUUCACAUUCA